UACCGUUCAGUCAGCACACACACACACAUCAGGGAAGACUUGCAGUCUCAUACAUUGACAAGACUACAACAGUAAGGGACCGUCUGCAAACUAACGCUUCUCUUUGCCCAAUAAUAUUUCUACCCUCCGUAAGAAUACCCGAUUCUAUAGAAAGGAAAGGAAGAUCUAAUGACAAGCGGUCGGUAGUGUGGAGGGUGAGCACAGAAGAAGGAGUAACGGCGGGUGUAAGGCGCGGCAGUCGUGUGUGAAGUCUUUGCAGACGGUCUCUAAGUUUGUUGAUGCUGCUGGAUACAUUGUAACAAUGAGCUGCUGCCGGGUGGACCCCCUCCUAGACAGGUGUCUGAUUUGCCUUUCGAAGAACCUUGCUCGGUACGAAUCAGAGAUAGAGCCCCUCCCACCAAACUUAAAGGACAAACUGAUAAAGCUUCUGUGUGUCCAGGGGCUUCUCACAGAUGCCAACAUAAGGCGGGUGUUGCAUCCAUCAGUCAAAAAACUGGACCUCCGUGACUGCGAUGUUUCAGACGAUGCACUACGGGUGAUAUCGCUAUGCAAGCAGCUCAAGAAAAUCAAUUUAAACUCUUGCAAAGGGGAGGAGAGGACUUCAGUCACUUCAGAAGGUAUUGAAGCAGUUGCACAGUCUUGUCCAUACCUCCAUGAGAUCACACUGAAGAAAUGCCGUAAUAUAACCGAUGGUGGCAUCUUAACGCUCUCCCUGCAUUGUCCUCUGCUACAGAUCGUCAACCUUAGUGGCUGCACCCAGCUCUCUGAUGUUUCACUGCAGGCUCUGGGGCAGAAUUGCCCUCUUUUACACAGUGUGGACUUCUCUGUUACAGCAGUGACAGAUGAUGGAGUUAUAGCUCUUGCGGCUGGAAGAUGUUCACAAAAUUUAAAGGAAGUUCACAUGGAUCGUUGUGUCCAUCUUACUGAUGAUGCGGUGGAAGCCAUCUUGACGUGUUGUCCAAACAUUUACAUCCUGCUUUUCCACGGCUGUCCACAGAUUACAGAUCGCUCUAGGGAGGCAUUGGAACAGCUUGUGGGACCCAACAAAAUAAAGCAAGUCACAUGGACGGUUUACUAGAAACAUCACCCAAAGUGCUGUGAGCAAUGACAGGCCUUGUUAGCCUUCUCUUUCACCAAGGCUCAGUUGAGAAGAACUGACUGUGUAGAAUUAACAUGUGUAGUCAAUUACAUGGAAAUACGAUGGACUUUUAACACACAAGCACUUAUUCUAUUUGUCCUACCUACAAUUAUUUGCACUUUUGUUCUAAGAUUUUAACGUAUUUUGGAUUUCAAUAAACUUAUUUAGUAGCUAACACUAUGUAGAUAA